AUGUCAAGUAUAGCUAAUCAAACAAUGAUUUUAACAGCUCCUUUUGCCAAUCAUCCAGAAGAUCAUUCACAAGAAUGUUUUUAUAAAGGUGCCACAUUAUCAAGUGUCACUUCAUUAAGUAUAAAUCCAAAGCCAUUAUUACAAUUCAAUUUACAAAUUCCUUCAAUGACUAGUGAUUUAUUACAUGAUUUUGAAAUAUUUGGUAUACAUAUCCUUCCACCAACACAAGAGAGUGCUGAUUUAGCUAAAUUGUUUAGCAAAGCUCGUGUUUAUAAUGUCGAGAAGUCUAAAUAUGAACCAGUAUCACCUUUUAGUUCAUUAGAAUUGGGGAAAGAUUAUGAAUUAAUUGAAAUUAAAGGUGCAGGUAAUGAUAAAAUUGAAUUACCAAUUUUAAAAAAUGUGGAAAAAUUAUUAAUUUGUUGUAAAUUUAAACAUUUUGAAAUUCAAGAUCAUGAAAUUUGGAUUGGUGAAAUUAAAGAAGUACGAGAAUUCAUUAAAAAUGUUGAAAAAUCUGGUGGAUUAUUAAAUUUUAAUAGAAAUUUCCAUAUAAUUGGUGAGAAAAUUGAAUAG